UAGUGUACUGGACUCCAUGGACAUUCCAAUCCAAUCCCCUGUAUCUAUGACAGAGGAACGUUGUGAAUUUCAAUAAUAUACUUGUGUGUCCCUAGUCUAAAUGUAAAUGUUGGAUGAGUUUUUAUUUAAAGAUUAUGUGACAUGGAAUUACUACUAAAAGAGUUAAAAAACACUAUUGAUAGUUUAGAUGAUGAUCAAGUUCCACCAUGGAUUCGCAGAUAUUACCACAAAUUGGCAUAUUUAUGUAAGAAAAAGUCUGCAGCAUAUAAUCUGGUAGUCAAUAAAUAUGAAGAUGUUAAUGAAGAUUAUAUAAUACUUGAAAAACAACCUGCUUAUACUUGUGUUGUUGCUCCAUAUACAUGCAGAACACUCAAACCAUUCGUUGUGAUUGACCGAGAAACGUGCCACCUAGGCUUCAGCUACUAUCAGAGAUAUGUUACAAGCAGAACAGGUUGUACAAGAGACGUCCCAUUGUAUACAAGUACGUACAGAAGCGACAUGUGAAAGCCAUCAACAGACUCUGUGAAAUUCAUUUCUGGCCUGGAA